AAAAAGAAAUACUUAAAUAAUGUAUUUUUGAUAUUUAGAACAUAUUUCACAUGAUGUGUAUGUAUAUGCAUUUAAAAUGAAAGUUACGUUCAAUAUAAUCAAUUAAAUAUCCAAUUUGACAGACGUAUGAGGAAAAUAUUCUCGUGCGGAAAACGUGGGAACAAGAAUUGAGAUAAAAGCGUGUACACAUGUAAUAAAAAAAGGGAGGGAAAAAAAAAUUACAGAUCAGAAAUAUCAAUACAAACAUAUAUGAAACAAAGGAAAUACUUCCUUUUUUCAAUAAUUUUAAUUCUAAUUUAUGUCAGUAUAAUAAUUAGAUUCAAUAUUGUUAUGAUUAUUAUGAGGUCGCGAUUUAUGUGCGAUAACUUUUGGUUUCAAAAAUACAUCAUUUAUCGUACUCUCAUUUGUGACGAUUUGCGCUCGUUUACAUGUAAAUAAAUUUUCUGUCCUUUAAUAUAGAAAAAAUAGGAAUUUCACUUGUUUUUUUCUUUUUUGCUAUUAUAUAUUCGAUAUUAGUUUUCGAAUGACAGUGACAGACUCUAAUUACUCGCAUUCAUAAAGGAGCACGUGAUUCUCGACAGUAUAUAACGGAAACAUAUAUAUAUUCAAGGGUUUAUUAAUAAUAUCGCACUGACACGCGUGUCACGUGUAACUAUCGUAAUACCACGUAGGCGUUUGUACCGUUAGACUACAGUCUACAGGUAUCUAAUUUCCAUGGCAAGCCAAAUCCGCUCAUUAAACGAAAAUAUUCAUCACUAUCCUCGCGGGAAAAUACCUAUCAAAUCAAUCGCGAUUGUACACAAAUAAAGUGUAUACGUAUAUUAUAUUAUACAUAUAUAUUUUGUACAUUAGUGUAUACAUACAUGAGUGUAUAUAUACUUGAGUGUAAUUGUACAUGUAUUUGUAUAUUAGUGCAUAUAUUUAUGUAUAUUAUAAAACCACUGCAUAUAGUGUAAAAUACUCGCGCAGCGACAACGAAGGAAAUCUUUUAUUUAACGUGAAAACCUGAUAAGUGCAUUGGACUCAUGAUAAGUCGAAAAACUGAGUUUUCAAAAGGAGAUAAUCAACGUAAAUUGUGCAUUGGAUUUAUUAUAGAUCGAGACUCCGUUAUCGAAAGGAGAGAAUCAACGUAAACUGAAUGGAUAUAAUUGGAUAAUAUUGAAUAAUAUUUAAAUCAUUGGAGUUUAAUUCAAGAUUUGAAAGAAAAAAUUUCUGUUUAUAUCUUUUCGCGGAUUCAACGACUCAUCUAAAUAAGGAAGAUGUCUUGUAUCUUAUAUUCUUUUCUACUUCUGACUUCAUUCGAAAUUGUAUCUCAGGAAAGUACAAAUUCGUCACGUGCACAUUAUUCAAUUGAUAUAACCGACGAUUUUGAACAUUAUGCCAUUAAUGAAUAUGAAGAUCCAGUGACGAAAAUUUAUCACUGUUCUGUUAAAAGUUCAAUGAAAAAUAAUUCAUUUAUUCCUGAUCCUCAUAUUAUGAAAUAUUUGGAUUCAAACGGACUGUUAUCUAUUCGACCAAGAAAAAAUUACUAUCAGGUUCGUCAAGUACGACAAAAAUUAUGUAAAUUUGGUUUCGAUCCAUUUCGCAUUGACAAAAAACAAGGCUCAAUUCAUAAACGAUUUAAGAAUAAUUUACGUUUGAUGAUAUACAAUACUCCAGGAAUGUUUCCAAAUUUAAAAGUCGUUAGGAAUGAUCUUGAUCGAAGGAGAAAACGAGAGCCACAAAUAUGGUUAAAAUUUGAAACAUCAAAUGGUCCAUUAUCAGCUGAGUUUGAUUAUGAUAAUUAUUUCAUUCUAAUAACCGGUGAUUUAGCUAGAAUUCAGGCAUUCUCAAAAAUGUUGGUUGCCGUUAAAUUGCACAAGAGAUUAAAUAAUUUUCACGAUCCCGUCAGUUAUAAAGUGAACUUGGAUCUUGGAAUAGUGGACGUAAUUUUAUCAACAUUUGGUUUUUGGCUAAUGAGGGAUAAAACACUAUCGUCAGAAAUGCUGAAAGCUCUUAAUGGAAUACGUACAAUUGUCACAGAAAGUGGCGAUGUCAAUGUCGAAUUUGAAAAAUCAAUGAAAGAAGCAACUGAUAAAAUUGAUUCUAAUUUAUAUUCAUACAUAUGGCUCUUGUCAUUAGCUGAAAAAUUCGAAGUCAUCAAAGUUGGUGGUGUCGCCUCAUCUUCCACAAAUAAUAAUAAUUCAUCUCUAAAUGUUUCGAAAUUAAAAUCAAAUUCGACGUAUUCUAAUUAGAAAUAUUGCCAAUAUAUAUUUAUAAGAAAUUGUAUCGUAAAUAGUGGAUAAUUUUCCAAUAAAUAUUUAUUAUACACAUGUAUGUUUAUAAAGGAUUAUACCAGUGGAAAUAAAGAGUAGCAAAUAUAUAUAUAUGUAUAUGUAUAUGUAUGUAUGUAUAAAAGGAUAAGAGAUGUGAAUUUAGAAAACAGGUUCUACUGGCUCAAACAUCACACGAUUCUGAUUAUUCGAUAAGGUAGAAAUAAACUAUAAUAUGUGGUGAGUUUCUUAUUACUUUAUACCACUUUCUGUUUUCUAGGUGUGGCUAAUGAAAAGCUUGUUAGUAAUAGUCAUUCUUAAUUUUAAAAGGUGUGAGUGAUUUAGUUUGAGUUUUUAGUUAUUUCGAUUGUAUUGAGUAUAUGUGCUUGUCGAUCAAACAGAAUUUCAUAUUAUUUUCACGUUGCACUUCGGGUCAUUGCUAGUAGAUGGAGUUACAUUUACCUUUUGCAAAAAUUUAUCCUCGGUUGCAAUUUUUCAAAAAAAAAAUUUUUUUUCCUUUUUUCUAAUUUUAUCCUUUGCCUGCUUGCUUAAAAAACCUUUCGAUUUACUACAAGUUGUCGAUUGCUUAUUCUUUUUUAUUCAAUUUUUAUACUUUUAUUAUUUAAUAUUUGUCUUUUUUACUUCUUCUUCUUCUUCUGUUUCUUUUUUACCUCUUCUUUUUCAGCUUUUUUACAAUUCUUUAAAUUUUAUUCCUGAUUUCAUAGUCAUUCUAUUGUUACUUUAGGUUUAAAAAAAAUGUGGAUGUAAAAACUACAUAGCUGUGAGAAGGCAAUGCAACUAUUUUUGCUUUCAAUGUUUGUCAAUUUUUGCUUCUGUUGUUUGUUUGUUCUGUUUGCUUUUUGUUGAUCCUAAGGUAUGAAGGAGUACAAAACAAAAAUUCGGAGAUGUAUUUAUUGUUCCACUCUAAAAAUUGAUUAUUUUGAAUUCUUAUUUAAAAUCCUAAAAUUAAUAAUAAAUUAAUAAUAAAUUAAUAAUUAAUAAUAAUAAUAAUAAAUAAUCCUUUAAAGAUUAUUCUCCAUUUAGCAGAAUUCUGUGUUUGCGGAAUUACUACAAAGCGAAUAAUAUCUUAUUGCGUUUGUAACAGCAGCUAAAGUUUUUUUAUCAGUAUCAGUAGUCAAAAUUAAAAAAUUAAAAAUGUCGGCUUCAAAAUGGCGACCAAAAAUAAUUUAAUUUUCUAGGGAAUUUUCGGAGUUGAUAAACACGAAUCUGUACUCAAAAUUGAAAAAUUAAAAACGACUGCUACAAAGUGGUGCCCAAUAAAAAUUUAAAUUCAACUAAUCUGACUGAAUUAAAAAAAAUUUUCGGUCACCAUUUUAAAGCCGCCAUUUUGAAUUUAUAAAAUUUAACUUCCAGCACGGAUUAAAUGAUCCCAAAAAACAUACAAAUAAUAAUACCAGAAAAACACAAUUUUUACG